AUGGUCAAUCGACUAGGAGAAUCCAAAGCAAGGGCACUGAGAAGAUUCGGAGCACUAGAGCGACGACUUAGUUCUGAUCCAGUCCUGAAGCAACUCUACACGGAUUUCAUCGAUGAAUAUUUGCGACUGAAUCACAUGCGGAAACUGUCUCCAGUCGAAGAAGAUGACGCGUCAACUGUUGCGUACUAUCUACCACACCAACCUGUAUUUAAGCCUGAUAGCACGACGACUAAGCUUCGCGUAGUUUUCGACGCCUCGGCAGCGACAAGUAGCGGUGUUUCUCUAAACGAGACUUUGAUGGUUGGUCCGACUGUCCAGGAAGACCUUUUCUCGAUUAUGCUGCGUUUUCGUCUUCGGAAAUAUGCCAUAACAGGUGACAUCGAGAAAAUGUAUCGCAUGAUCGACGUCGACCCUACCGAUCAUAAUCUUCAGCGUAUUUUUUGGAGAAGCAGCAUAACUGAACCCAUUCGAACCUUUGUACUCACCACGGUUACGUAUGGUACGUCGCCGGCACCUUAUUUGGCCACUCGCUGUCUUAAAAUGCUUGCCGAUGAAAACAAAUCCACGUAUCCUCAUGCAUCUGAUGCCAUUCAUAACAAUUUUUACGUCGACGAUGCAUUGCUCCGCGUCGACAGUCUUGAGACAGGAAACACGACCAUAGGAGAACUUAUAGCUCUUUUGGGAUCUGCCGGAAUGAAUCUGCGUAAGAUCAGCUCCAAUUGUGUGGAAAUCCUCGAUUCCGUUCCACCCUACCUUCGAGAUGAACGUCUUUCGCAGCAGUUCCAGGGUUCAGGUAGCGUCAAAACUUUAGGUCUCACUUGGCAGCCUCGCCCAGACAUCUUUCGCUUCGUCGUUCCUCAAUGGAAUAAUUCUUCUGAGAUGAACAAGAGAAUCAUUUUGUCUGACUUCGCAAAACUCUUCGAUCCUCUUGGCCUGGUUGGCCCCGUAAUCGUCCAGGCUAAGAUAUUUCUCCAGGAUCUUUGGAAAUCAAAGCUUUCCUGGGAAGAAAUCCUCCCCGAAGAGUCAACAAAUUGGUGGCUGACUUAUCGACGCAACUUAGAGGAAUUAGCACAUCUUGAAGUGCCGCGAUGGGUAGCUUUUGGCGGAGAUACGAUCUCCGUGGAGUUGCAUUCUUUUUGUGACGCAUCAGAAAAAGCGUACGGCGCUUGCGUCUAUUUGCGGUGCACAUCUUUCAGUGGAGAAGUUUCUGUUUCGUUGUUGACGGCUAAAUCUCGUGUUGCUCCGCUGGAUGACCUCAAAAGGAAGCGCAAAAAGACCACCAUACCCAGGCUAGAAUUGUCCUCCGCCCUGACGUGUGCCCAUUUGUUCGAGAAGGUUAACCAAAGCAUCAAGAUCACGAGCCAACAUUUCUUUUGGACUGACUCGAUGAUUGUAAAGUGUUGGCUAUCAUCCCCACCAUCCCGAUGGGACACCUUUGUGGCCAACAGGGUCUCAGAAAUCCAGCAUACCACACGGUCUGGCAUUUGGAACCACGUCGCUGGCUGCGAGAACCCCGCAGAUGUUUUAUCCCGAGGAGCUACCCCUGAACAACUUUCGUCGAACCAAGGCUGGUGGCAAGGCCCGCCAUGGUUGCAAUUGGAUCGGAGUUUCCUGAGCUUUCAAGAACGAGAAGAGGCCCUUUUGAAAUUGGUUAGUCUGGCUCAACAAGAAAGUUUUCCUGAAGAAAUUGAAGAGCUGAAGAAAAGCGGAUCCGUCAAAUCUUCGUCGAAAAUUAAGAAUCUUACCCCUCGAUUAAGCAACGGACUACUUGUCGUCGGUGGCCGGCUCAGAAAUGCUGAACUUUCUGUCGGUCGCAAACAUCCCUUCAUUCUAAGUAAUCAUCAUCCGUUGACGGAAACCAUCGUCGCCUUCUAUCACCUCAAAUAUCUCCACGCUGGGCAAGAAUGCGUCAAAUGCUACAGAGUAAAGCCGAAAGUCCAUGAGCAGCUGAUGGGAGAUUUGCCCCCAGAACGUGUCGUCGAGGCCCCUGUGUUCCAGCGUGUUGGCGUGGACUAUUGUGGCCCAUUCAGCAUUCAAUACCCACAACGGAAAGCUCGCCCUGUAAAAUGCUUCCUUGCUGUGUUCGUUUGCCUCGUUGUGAAAGCAGUUCACUUAGAGAUUGUUGGUGAUCUCACGUCGAACGCCUUUAUCGCUGCUUUAAGAAGGUUCGUCGGUCGUCGUGGUAGGCCUGAGAUCAUCAUGUGCGAUAACGCCACAAAUUUCCGAGGUGCCCGACGCGAAUUAGAUGAGUUGCGCGUUCUUUUCAACACCCAAGAGUUUGCUCAGAAUGUCGCUCGAGAAGCUGCAGCAGAUAACAUCAACUUCAAGUUUAUUCCUCGUAGAACUCCCAACUUUGGUGGCCUGUGGGAGUCCGCCGUCAAGUCGGUCAAGGCACAUCUGAAGCGUACAAUUGGCAUAACAAUUUUGAAGUUCGACGAAUUUUUCACCCUAGUUGUACAAAUCGAGGCUUGCUUAAACUCACGCCCACUCACACCGCUUUCAAAUGACGCUGAAGAUUUUACUGCCCUCACACCCGGCCAUUUCAUCACCGCUAGGCCACUCAUGGCCUUACCCGAGCCAUCCCUUGGCCAUUUGAACGAAACAACGCUCUCGAGAUGGCAACGUGUGCAAAACUUCCUACAACAUAUUUGGAGCAGAUGGUCCAAGGAAUACCUAGCCAAUCUGCAAACUCGCAAUAAGUGGAGCAAACAGCGAGACAAUCUGGUCGUCGGAACGAUGGUUUUGCUGCGAGAUGACAACGUACCUCCCCUGAAGUGGCUCAUUGGCAGAGUCAAAAUGGUCUACUAUGGAAACGACGGUAACGUACGGGUUGUCAAGGUCCAGACACAGAACGGAGAAUUCACCAGAGGCAUCGCGAAGAUUUGUAUUCUUCCAAUUUCCGACAACGUAGCUCCCCCACAGUCUACACCAUCAUCAGCUGAUGUGGAGGUUUAA